UCUUUAUCUAUAGCAAUACGCAGAUGAAGGACUCGUUGAACGUCAGUAAUUAGAAUGCAAGGCGGAAUAUCAGUUGCACCUCUAUAAAAUGUACGAGGCAGAUCAUUGCUCGUGGUCCUUCGUAUAAAACUUUGCAAAAUUUGGUGUUGAUGACGUGCUUGGAAGAACAUGCGACUUUUUGACACCAAGUUACCCUUUUGGUGGACAUUUUCUUCCCAACAAGGAAGCUGCAGAGAUCAUCGUCGUUCAAAAUCUCCACCUUGGGUAUCACUUGGUCCCUGCGUGGUUGCGUGCUUGCAAUUUGUCUGCGACAUAUAAAUCGGGCACAAUGUGAUGCCCAAACCCAUCAGCGCUGGGGUUCUUACAAUCUUUGGUAUAAAUUUCUCCUCGCGAAAUACUGCGUUCAAGCUUGCCAUGGCGGAUUCCAAAGAAAGAGUCGGAGGCAAUACGGCUCCGGAAGCGACAAUCGAAAAGCAUUCGUCCUUGUCGAUUUCCGACGCAGUCAACCAACCGCCCGCAACCAAAACCAACGAACACAAGAUUGACGGCGAUGCGGCUCUCCAGCUUCUCAGCGAAACUGGGGGACUCACCACACCUCCAGACCCUGAGCGUAGCCGGAGGCUCAUUCGCCGUAUCGACUUUCACAUUAUGCCACUGAUUUGCAUUGUCUAUUUCCUCCAGUACAUCGACAAAACAGCCAUCUCAUAUGCCAGUGUCACUGGAAUCAUCCAGUCUACCGGUUUAAAAGGAAAUGAGUUCAAUUGGGUCGCUUCCAUUUUCUUCUUCGGUCAGCUGGCCUUUGAGUUUCCGACAAUUCGCCUCAUCCAGCUGUUCCCGCUUGCGAAAUAUGUCUCAAUCAACGUUACCCUCUGGGGCGCCACGCUGGCAGCGAUGGCGGCAUGCACCAACUACUCUGGUCUUCUAGCUUGCCGCUUCUUCCUCGGAGUGCUCGAAGCAGCUAUUGUACCUGCUUGGGUACUCUUUACGUCACAGUGGUAUACCAAGGAAGAACAGGCGUUCCGUGUUGGAAUCUGGUUUUCUGUCUGCGGCGCAGCUCAGAUGUUUGGAGGAUACUUUGCCUAUGGAGUAGCCACCCAUGUUGGAAAGGAUCCAAAUGCUGCGUUGGAAGGUUGGCAGAUCGUCUUCCUAUUUUUGGGUCUCUUGACAUCGCUGGUUGGUAUUACGUUCUGGUUCGUAAUGCCCGACUCCCCAGCAGUGGCAGGUUUCCUUAGCAAAGAGGAGAAAAGCCUUCAUUUGGAGAGAAUCCGGGGCAAUGAGCAAGGUAUUGGCACGCAGGCUUUCAAGUGGAAGCAUGUCAAUGAGGCAUUGACCGAUCCCAUGACCUGGCUGUAUGCUUUCUGGAUCUUCGCAGCCAACAUACCGAAUUCUAUCGCAACAAGCUUCGGAAACAUAUUAGUGACGGGAAUGGGCUACUCCAGGGAGGAGUCACUGUUAUUGGUAACACCUCUCGGAGCUUGGGAGAUUGUGGCACUGCUCGGCCUUACAUACGCCGCGAUGAAGACCCGACAAAGACUCUACUUCUGCGUGCUUGGCCACAUCCCAGCCAUCAUCGGCGCUAUACUCAUGGCAACUACAGAAAAGGUGCCUGCUCUGAUUGGGUACUACACCAGUGGUGGCAUCCCGAUCGGUUGGACCACGAUCCUCGGCCUGCAGAGCUCGAACGUGGCGGGAUCUACCAAGAAGAUCACGGUGGCCUGCAUUGGUACCAUUGCCUACACCGUUGGAAACAUCAUUUCACCACAUACCUUCCAGGCUCGCGACGCACCAAGAUACCUGCCGGCUAAGGUGUCGAUUUGCAUCAUCUAUUUUCUCAUCACGGUGGACUUGCUGGUGAUGAGGUGGGUCUUCGAUCGCAGAAACAAGAAGAGGGACCAAGAGAGGGUGGCACUAGGAGAUGCGUACCAGGUGGAGGACAACCACGAGUUCUUCGAUUUGACUGAUUUGGAGAAUAGGGAGUUUCGUUAUGAGCUGUAGCUGUUCAUAGUAAAGGGGUUAAAAGCCCCCGGGACAGCUAUGCCAGAGUAGAAAGGACAAAGUGAUGUGCUAGAUGCAUUCUCCU